AUGCGCAUCAGAUACCCCUUUGCAGGGGCCUUCCUUAUCCUCCUACUCCUCUCUGCAUACAUCAACCUCGCUCCUCAUACCGAACCGAAAAAGGGAGACACGACAAUCCCACCGUCACUCCAGCCCAAUGACAAACUCCUCCACUUUGUCACUUUCUUCAUCCUCUCCGUCGCAUUCUACUGGAUCCUGGACACGACGCGCCGGCGAACACUCCAUCUAAGCGUCAUUGUCUGUACGCUGGUGCUCGGUAUUGGCUCUGAGAUCAUACAAUCUCUGACUCCAAACGGCCGUUCUUUCGACCCGUUCGACAUCCUUGCUAAUAUAAUCGGCAGCCUGGCCGCUGUGGGGCUGUGCACAUGGUAUCAUAAGCGGAUGUUGGAGCGGAAGAGAAAGUCCCGCUUCGGAGGCUUGUUGAACGACGGGGCUGGGGAAGAGGACAUUGAGUUAGGUACUGGUGGCCCCGAUCAUGUCGAGGAGCUUGGUCCCCAGGAGACAGGCGUUACAAGUACGAGAACAUUGGAACAGGAGGUUGAUAAUUGGGAUGAGAAUGCUGUCGAUAACUGGGAUGAGGAGGAUGGCGAGAAUAACCCUACCGGAGGCGAAGAUUCAUUGAAACCAGCUCAUGGAAAGGAUGAUGUGAAAUUACGAAACGAUUGA